AUGCCAUACUUGAAAGCUAUACUCAUGAAUGCAACUGAUAAAGAUAAUUGUAUGCUUCGUGCCAAAUCCAUGGAGUGUAUUAGUUUCGUUGGAAUGGCUGUUGGACAAGAUAAGUUAAAAGAUGAUGCUAAACAGGUUAUGGAUGUCCUUAUGUCACUUCAAGGUUCCCAAUUGGAGACAAAUGAUCCAAUAAUAAGCUACAUGUUACAAGCGUGGACAAGACUCUGCAAGUGCCUAGGGAAAGAUUUUCUCCCUUACAUGAAUGUUUUGAUGCCACCAUUGCUUCAUUUUAUUCAACUUAAACCAGAUGUUACAAUUACUUCUGCUGAUGAUUCAGAUGAUGAUAUUGAUGAGUCUGAUGAUGAAAGCAUUGAGACUAUUACACUUGGAGAUAAGAUAAUAGGGAUCAAAACUAGUGUCCUUGACGAGAAAGCAACAGCAUGCAACAUGCUAUGUUGCUAUGCUGAUGAAUUAAAAGAAGUGUUUUUCCCAUGGAUUGAUCAGACACCUGAGAUUCUUCAUUUGUUAAAGCAGAUCAAGGAGAAGCUGAAAGAAGUUGAUCAAAUGAUAAAUUCAUAA